AAGCAUAGCCUAGUCAUUCUUCUGAUAUUGCUCAUUUUCUUCAAAGUACUGAUCACCAUCAAGCUGGGUAUCGUGCUUGGCUUCCAAUUAAAACGAUGUACAAUGGUCUACUUGCCAAAAGCUUUAGUAAGCAUGAGCGGAAACGAUUCGGAUAUGGAGCAUUUUUUGGUUGUUUGCUUAUUGCAUUGAGCAUUUGCACUGUGUUCAAGCCUUAUUUGGGUCCUCUACCAGUUUUGAACUUGAAGGUGUCUAUGGCUGCUGGUUUCAAAAUGCUGAUUAUCAGAGAUACAAGCGGCUCCAGUACUUCGCCAACCAGCUUGGGGCAUAUUACUUACUUAUCAGAGAAGAAUGCAAGCAACUCCGCAUCCCCACUCUUGGAGCCAAAGGCUCAGUUAGCUGACGAAAAUGCGAGCAUCCCCGCAUCACCACUCUUGGAGCCAAUAACUCGGUUAGCAGAAAAGAAUAUGAGCAUCUCCACAUCCCCAGUACUCUUGGAGCCAAUGACUCAGUUAGCAGAUCAAAUGAAUGCGAGCACCUCCCCCUCUCCACCCUUGGUGACUACGAUUCAGUUAUCAGAAAUGAAUACAAGCAGCUUCCCAAAAACAGUUAAAGCUGCAGAAACCGUAAUGGAGAAAAGGGAACGUCCUGAAAUGGAGAAAACUGAGCCUGUGACAAAGAAAACGGAGUCUGUGAUAAAGAAAGUGGAGCCACUCUGCAAUUUCAUGAAACCAAGAGGAGAUAUUUGUGAAAUAAAAGGGGAUGUAAGAGUUCAAGGACAAUCUUCUUCCGUUUUCCUUGUUUCAUCUCAAAUGAGCAUCUUGGCAGGAAACAAUAACUCGUGGAGUAUAAAACCUUAUGCUCGGAAAGGUGACCAAGCAGCAAUGAAUCGUGUUAGGGAAUGGUCAGUAAAAUCAGUAUUGGGUCACGAGGAGAUCCCUCAAUGCAAAAAAAACCACAGCGUUCCAGCCAUCCUGUUUUCUCAAGGAGGAUAUGCAGGAAACCAUUUCCACGAUUUUACUGACUUAGUUAUUCCACUAUAUUUAACUUCUCGACAAUAUAAUGGAAAAGUUCAGUUUCUUAUUACCGACAAAAGUCCUUUGUGGAUUUCAAAGUUCCAAGCAAUCCUUAAGAAGUUGUCAAGAUAUGAGUUGAUAGACAUUGACAGAGAAGAAGAAGUUCAUUGUUUCCCAAAUGUGAUAGUUGGUCUCAAACGAAAUCAGAAAGAGUUGAGCAUUGAUUCUUCAGAAUAUUCCUACUCUAUGAGAAACUUCAGAGAAUUCUUGAGAAGUUCCUAUGCAUUAAAGAAAGCUAAUGCAAUCAAACUGAGAAAUGGUCUGCGUAAACGUCCCCGGCUUCUGAUCCUCUCAAGAAGAAGAACAAGAGCUUUUACAAACGUGGAAGAAAUCACUAAAAUGGCAAGAAGCUUGGGAUUCAAGGUAUAUGUUGCAGAGGCUAACAUGGAUGUUUCAAAAUUUGCAGAAGUUGUGAAUUCCUGUGAUGUGCUGCUGGGGGUUCAUGGAGCUGGUCUGACUAACCUUGUUUUCCUCCCUAUGAAUGCAAUUCUAAUCCAAGUAGUUCCCUUUGGGGGAUUUGAAUGGCUGGCAACAAAUGACUUUGGAGAGCCCUCAAAGGAUAUGAACUUGAAGUACUUGGAAUAUAAGAUAAGCAUAGAAGAGAGUACUCUGAUGCAAGAAUACCCUCCCAACCAUACGAUUCUUAGGGAUCCAGUUUCAAUCCAGAAACAAGGAUGGGAAGCAUUUAAGUCAGUCUAUUUGGAUAAACAAAAUGUAAAGAUUGAUGUGAAUAGGUUUAGGCCAACUUUGUUAAAAGCACUUGAGCUUCUGCAUCAAUAG